AUGGGAAUUUUCGCAACCAAGUUCUUUACCAGAGCCCGCAACUUCAUAGGCAUAGGACUCGCCGCUACCGCCACCAUCGCCGCCACAUCUUCCUCCUCCGCCGCUACCUCCACCUCUUCUUCCGAUGACACUGACUCUUCCUACUAUUCUUCUUCCGACCAAACAAAUGGCUGCAGGUUACUGAAAACAAAGCUAUGCAUAAUCGGAAGCGGCCCAGCGGCUCACACAGCCGCCAUUUACGCCGCUCGAGCCGAACUCAAGCCGAUCCUAUUCGAAGGCUGGAUGGCCAACGAUACUGCUCCGGGUGGUCAGCUCACUACCACAACCGACGUCGAGAAUUUCCCGGGAUUUCCGGAUGGCAUCCUCGGUGCCGAACUCAUGGACAGCUGCCGUAAACAAUCGCUGCGGUUAGGCACUGAAAUCAUCACCGAAACAGUUACAAAGGUAGAUUUCUCUAAAAGGCCGUUUAAAGUUGUAACUGAUUCGACCACCGUGGAGGCCGAAUCCGUCGUGAUCGCCACUGGAGCCGUCGCGAAAAAGUUAGUUUUCAACGGCUCCGGCGACGGUCCUGAUGGAUACUGGAACCGCGGAAUAUCGGCAUGUGCCGUUUGUGACGGUGCAGCUCCGAUAUUCCGAAAUAAACCCUUAGUGGUUGUCGGUGGCGGGGAUACCGCUAUGGAGGAAGCUACAUUCCUCAGCAAAUUCGGUUCGAAAGUGUAUAUAAUUCAUAGGAGGGAUGAAUUUAGGGCUAGUAAAAUGAUGCAAAGUAAGGUGAUGAAGAAUCCAAAGGUUGAGGUGUUGUGGAAUUCAGUGGUUGUUGGAGCUUAUGGAGAUGAUAAGGGGAGGGUUCUUGGGGGAGUCAAGGUGAAGAAUUUGGUGAAUGGUGAUGUGUUUGAUUUGAAGGUUUCGGGUUUGUUCUUUGCGAUUGGGCACGAACCGGCUACGAAGUUUUUGGAUGGUCAAGUUGAAUUGGAUUGUGAUGGUUACAUUGCGACAAAGCCGGGUACUACGGUGACUAGUGUUGAUGGAGUUUUUGCUGCUGGUGAUGUUCAGGAUAAGAAGUAUAGACAAGCUAUUACUGCAGCUGGAACUGGGUGUAUGGCAGCAUUGGAUGCAGAACAUCAUUUGCAACGGGUUAGUUUGAAGGAGGGUAAGAGUGGUUGA